AAGGGGGAGGGACAUGUCAAACUUUCAGCUGUGACAGUCGGACUUUGCACUGUGAACUAAAAACACACUGACACAGCUGCUCUCUUGGUACGAUUGUCCACCUUUCUGGUGUUCUUUGUCCGAAAUCGUUUGUUUUUACCCCAAAGAUGGCGGCGGCCCGUGGUAGGGACGCGAUCGUGAAAGUUGUGCGGGCGGUUGAGGGCGCAUCGUGUAGGUGCCCCGCCCACUCUGCAGGGUUUGUGCCAGCCACACAGAGAAGAUGUCAGACGACAGAGACGACAGAAACAGAGUAUGCUGUGGAGAUGGCAACGUCCACUAUCAGAUACGGUAUGGGUGUAACACAGGAGGUGGGCAUGGAUUUCCAGAAUAUGGGAGCCAAGAAAGUGUGCCUGAUGACAGACAAGACGGUUGGAAAGCUCCCCCCUAUGCAGAUAGUGUUAGAGGCCAUGACAAAGGCAGGGAUCAACUUCGAGGUGUAUGAUAACAUCCGUGUGGAACCAACAGACUCAAGCUUCAACGCUGCCAUUGACUUUGCUAAGAAGGGGAACUUUGACGCAUACCUUGCCGUUGGGGGAGGUUCAGUAAUGGACACAUGUAAGGCCGCUAACCUUUUCGCAGCACACCCUGAUGCUGAACUGCUCGACUUUGUGUACCCUCACAUUGGGAAAGGUCUUCCCGUCACCAAUCAGCUCAAGCCUCUCAUUGCAGUUCCCACCACAUCGGGUACAGGUAGUGAGACUACAGGGGUGGCGGUGUUCGACUACGAACCUAUGAAGGCCAAGAUUGGCAUCGGACUGCGUGCGAUCCGGCCCACUAUGGGACUGGUAGACCCGAUGCACUGUAAAUACAUGGGUGAAGUUUGCCAUCUCUGAUCGCCUUUUGUUGUUCCCAGCCAUGCCCUGGAGUCCUACACUGCCAUUCCGUACCAGGAGAGGAGGCCAAGGCCCCAGAACCCCAUCCAGCGGCCUGCCUACCAAGGCAGUAACCCCAUCAGCGAUGUGUGGUCUCUACACGCUCUCAGGAUCAUCAACAAGUUCAUGAAGAGGGCAGUGAGGAAUGCAGAUGACACAGAGGCGAGGUCCAACAUGCAUCUGGCCAGUACCUUUGCUGGGAUCGGGUUUGGGAAUGCUGGGGUCCAUCUGUGCCAUGGAAUGUCCUACCCCAUCUCUGGACUGGUGAAGAAGUUCAAGUCCAAGGACUACUCAGAUGACCAUCCUCUCGUGCCCCAUGGCCUGUCUGUAGUGGUGUCUGCCCCAGCAGUGUUCCAGUUCACAGCACCCAUGUGCCCUGAGAGGCAUCUCGAGGCAGCAGAGAUCCUAGGUCACGACAUCAGGAAUGCAAAGAGGGAGGACGCAGGGCCGAUCCUGGCCGACGUCCUGCGCAAGUUUGUGAAGGAUCUGGAUGUGGACGAUGGUUUGCAGGCACUUGGGUACAGCACAGAGGACAUCCCUGCUCUGGUGAAGGGUACACUCCCCCAGCACCGUGUGACGAAGCUAUCUCCCCGUCCUCAGACUGAGGAGGACUUGGCCGGUCUGUUCGAGGCAUCGAUGAAGAUCUACUAGGCAAAGCAACACUACAGGACAUCCUAGAGUUUCAAAAAUGCUGCUUUGGAAUACUCAGGCAACAUUUUUCACUAAUUACUACACAGUGACUUUGAAUCUUUUUGUGAUGCGUGUAAUCGUUAAGC